GAGCGGAAAAAAAGUUGGGGCGUGCAGAAGAGGAGAAGAAGAGCAGCGGAAAGAGUGCGUGGACUUGCUCCCUGACAAUUUUUGGGGGGGAUGAAGUUUACCCUUUUGCUUUCUUUAUUUUGGGGAUAAAACGAAAAUCGACGGCGACAAGCAGGACGUUCCAGUUGCGCACCAUAUGUGUGUUUCGCACGGUGGAAUUUAUCUCAUCAAGCACAUAACGAUAGACGGCCACGCGUGAAUAGAUUUCCUCCGUCAUCAUGGAGUCCCACUGCCGCAAAUUGGCCACCACCUGCGCACAAAUAGACCACCACCCGCACCACCCAUUUACCGGGACUAAACUCGCCUCCUCCAUGGCGUCCGGUUUGCAGCCGUUGGUGCGAGCCGUGGACUCCGGCAAGCACCGCAUGGACGCGCACGCGGUGUCGGACACGUCCAGCCCGGAAACCGUGGAGAAAGAGAAAAGCCAGAGCAAGAACGACGACUCGUCUGACGACCCGUCGAAGAAAAAGAGACAGCGGCGUCAGAGGACUCACUUCACCAGCCAGCAGCUGCAGGAGCUGGAGGCCACCUUCCAGCGAAACCGAUACCCGGACAUGAGCACUCGAGAGGAGAUAGCCGUGUGGACCAACCUCACCGAGGCCAGGGUUCGGGUCUGGUUCAAGAACCGGCGCGCCAAGUGGAGGAAGAGGGAGCGUAACCAGCAGGCCGAGCUGUGCAAGAACGGCUUCGGCCCGCAGUUCAACGGACUCAUGCAGCCCUACGACGACAUGUACCCGGGCUACACGUACAACAACUGGGCCGCCAAGGGCCUGACGUCGGCCUCGCUGUCCACCAAGAGCUUCCCCUUCUUCAACUCCAUGAACGUCAACCCGCUGUCGUCGCAGGCCAUGUUCUCGCCGCCCAACUCCAUUUCGUCCAUGACGUCGGGCAUGGUGCCGUCGGCCGUGGCGGGCUCCAGCCUCAACGGCCUCAACAACCUGAACAACCUCAGUGGGCCGUCGCUCAACUCGGCCGUGGCGGCGCCGGCGUGCCCCUACGCGCCGCCCACGCCGCCUUACGUCUACCGGGACACUUGCAACUCCAGCCUGGCCAGCCUGAGACUGAAAGCCAAGCAGCAUUCGAGCUUCGGCUACGCCGGCGUGCAGAGCCCCGCCACGAACCUGAGCGCUUGCCAGUACGCCGUGGACAGGCCGGUGUGAGACGCGCGCACCCCACUAAAAACAGCCCACUCCACCCCCACUCACGCCCACCCUCGGAGGUAGAGAGAGAGAGAGAGAGAGAGAGAGAGAGAGAGAGAGAGAGACAGAGCGAGACAGACAGACAGACAGACAGAAAUUACCACACUGAGCGUCGAUUUUCCCAAAGGGGAUGUACAGUGAUCCAAAACUCAAAUGCCAGGCAUGGUGGUCAGGUUUCAUCCACAGGAACAAGAGACUACUAUUAUUAUUGUAUUCUGUUUUUCCCCCUUCCAUAAAAGGGCACUUAAAACUGAACCACUGAAAAUGUUUGUUUUUAUUUUCUUUAAGUUUUAUUCCCCGAUUUGUUGUCUGAAAACUUGUGUAUAUAUCCAAACAUCUCCAAAGAUGUGGUUCAAUUUAUUAACGCAUGCGUGGUAGGGAAUAAAUAACAAUGUUUUGCUUGGAAACAAAAGUUAAAAAAAGAGGGGGGUGUAAAUACUAAAACGCACCGCAUUGGUGGGUUUCUAACAUAAUAUAAAGUUAUUAUUAUUCAUGUCUGUGUGAACAUUUUAGACUAGUAAUCCUAGAGGAAGAAGAAGAAAAAGCGCAUUAAAAUGUUCCUGUAAAAUAUUUGGUACGGAUCGCCCCACCCCACCCAAAUGUGUUUUAUUUAAUGGAAGUAAAUAUAUUGUUCAAAUCCUU